AUGCCUCCACCGCGCCCAGAGUUUGAGAACCCCCCCGAUGUUCUCUACAAUAAAACAGGUGCCAGCCGUUACACCAGUAGCACACGUGUUCAGUUGGUACAAAGGGCCAUGACGGUGCGUGCGCUAGAACUCCUUGGCAUUCCGCCUGGUCGACAGGCUCUAUUGUUAGACAUUGGAUGCGGAAGCGGCAUCAGUGGAGAUGUGCUUCGCGCGACGGGACACACGUGGGUCGGGGUCGAUAUCAGCAACGACAUGUUGAUGCUCGCCAAGGAGUCGCAACAGAAGGAAGAGUCUGGGAUGGGGCGCGAAGAGGAAACGCAUAGUGGUGAGCAAAACGGGACAACAGGACCUGGCGGAAAGAUUUCUAGCAAUGAUCUCAAGAAUGUGAAGUGGGGCCUUAUUACGGAGUCGGACGACGACAACGAUGAGGAGAGUAAUGAGGGGGAAACCGCGGAUGCGCUAAUGGGUCCUUCUAUGGUUGAAGUUCUGCGUGGAGACAUGGGUCAGGGUUUGCCGUUCCGUCCCGGGUCCUUUGACGGGGCGGUGUCUAUAUCAGCAGUACAGUGGCUCUGUCAAAGUGACUGCCGCGGGCACGUGCCACAGCGACGUCUGCGUGCUUUAUUUCAAUCUCUUUAUAAUGCACUCCACCGCGGCGCCAAGGCUGCCCUGCAGUUUUACCCAAGCAACGUCGAGCAGGUUCACAUGAUCACGCGUGCCGCCAUGCUAUGUGGCUUCACGGGUGGCGUCGUGGUCGAUUUUCCGCACAGUGCCAAGGCGAAAAAGCAUUAUUUGGUGAUACAGGCCGGUCAGGUUGCGGGUGGGUUUGUGCCUCGUUUACCAAUUGCCGCGUGCGCCACCGACGGCGAGGAAGAAGAGGAAGACGAAGGAGAGGAGGCAGGAGAAAUGGAGAGUGAGGCUGAAUUCGGCGACGACAACGGUGAUGAACAAUACACAAAGGCUCGUGUGGGUGGUCGCGUGCGUGCGAAGCACUCCCGCUCUCACAACAGCGGCCCGGCUGGCAAGCGGCGCCGGAAGGACAAUCGACCUGUCACAGGCUCAAAGGACUGGGUGCUGCUCAAAAAAGCUGAACGGCGCAAGUUUGGUCUUCCAACAACAGAAGACUCCAAAUACACCAUGCGCAGACGCCGCCCACGGUUUUAG